CGUGUGUACGGGCGGCCUGACACGUGACCCAGCCGCCCAGUGAGGGCUCUGGGUGUAGACCGGGUCCUGCUCUCAGUGCGCCGUGUGGCCGGCGGGGGGUACUGCGCUGUACUGCUGGCUCUCCCUCCUCACCCAUGGACUGACUCCGGACUGACUCCGAGAGCCGCUCAGCAUGACACAACAACCCAACGGGAGCGCUCACACCGGCAGGAGCCGGGACAAGGGCAAGAAGGAGGUGAAGAUAGUAAUUGUUGGAGAUGGUGGCUGCGGCAAGACCUCGCUUUUAAUGGUAUAUGCUAAGGGAGCCUUCCCCGAGCGUUAUGCACCUUCGGUGUUUGAAAAGUAUAUGACCACCAUCACAAUUGGAAACAAGGAUGUUGACUUACAUUUGUAUGAUACAGCAGGACAGGAAGAUUAUGAUCGUUUACGCCCACUUUCCUAUCAAGACGUGAAUCUGGUUUUAAUUUGCUACGAUGUUACAAGCCCCACCAGUUUUGACAAUGUUUUAAUAAAGUGGUAUCCAGAAGUGAAUCACUUCUGCCGAGGAGUUCCCAUAAUCCUUAUUGGCUGCAAGACAGAUCUGCGUAAGGACAAGGAACGGCUGCGUAAGCUGAAAACAUCUCAGCAGGAACCAAUUACAUAUAAUCAGGGUGAAGCAAUCUGUAAAAAUAUCCAGGCUGUGGAGUACCUUGAAUGCUCUGCCAAGUUUCAGGAGAAUGUAGAUAAUGUAUUUAGAGAAGCCACUUUAAUUGCACUGAACAGUAUGAAAAAGGAAGAGAAACUAAAGAGGAGACAGAAGAAAUGUCUUCUUCUCUGAAGAUGUCCAUGUUGAUUGCUUGAUUUCUCUCCACACUGGCACAAACUUGGAUAUCUUAAUAUUUUAUAUUUAACUAUCUGGACUGUUUUACUGUAAAUAUUUUUUUAUUAUUAUUGUAAGAAAUUAGGAACAUUCUUGUUUUAUCUUGUAUAUUAAGUCAGAAUAAUGUAUUCAAUCCGAAAAGGGAAUAUGGUUUGUCAAGGACAUUCCAAAUCUGGUACACAGUCCACAUCAUAUGAAGAUAGAAUCGCUUUUGUGUGGACUGUGUGUGGGGUUUGUU